AUGUAUACUAAUAAUUUCUCAGUAGAGAUUAUGAAAAUAGAAAAACAUAGUUUUCAAUAUAAUUCUUGUUUUUAUUAUACUAUACUUAACACUUGGUUAAAUUUUAUGUGA